AUGCAGAAAGACAUGUUUCACCAAACUACUAUAAUCAAUAUUUUCUUGGUGGUUUCACUGGCAGCCCUUCUCUACUCCAACUCUGCCGCCGACGUCAUCGCAAAGCCGGGCUGCCUGGCUAAGUGUGGAGACUUGACCGUGCCCUACCCUUUUGGAAUUGGACUAGGAACAAACUGUUCAGUGGGCCCAUGGUUUGAUAUAAACUGCAACACCACUUUCAACCCUCCAAAGGCUUUUAUUGCAACCGAAAGCCUCGAAAUUAUCGACAUAUCCAACGGAACCUUACGUAUAAAGAAUGCGGUGGCGGCCCAAUGCUUUAGCCAAACUGGUAACAUAACCCGCGAAAAUCCCGUAGCGAUCGACUUCACCGGAACUCCUUACAGCUUUGCUGAUUCCAACAAGUUCACGGUGGUGGGCUGCGACGAUCUGGCAGUGAUUGUCGGCUCAAGUGGCCGGAAUUUCACCAGUGGCUGCCUCUCUCUUUGCUCCGAAAGCGAAGAUUUGAUUGAUGGAUUUUGUACAGGUAUUGGUUGUUGCCAGACUCCUAUACCAAAAGGCCUAAAGGAUUUUUCUUCUGCACUUGGAAGCCUCAAUAAUCAUACAGAAGUCUGGUCGUUUGAUCGCUGUGGUUAUGCUUUUCUUGGAGAUCAGGAUAUCUUUAAAUUUCGGACUUCUGAUUUUUCUGAUGAGAAUUUUCAGAAUAGAACAAUUGAAAAUGUUCCAAUAGUUAUUGAUUGGGCUAUUGGGAAUCAGAGUUGCAGUGAGGCCAAGAAGUCUGCUGAUUAUGCUUGUCUUGAGAACAGUAUUUGUGUUGAUUACGAUGUUCUUGGUGGAUACCGCUGUAAUUGCUCGAGAGGAUACGAGGGCAAUCCGUAUCUAAGUCUAGGUUGCACAGAUAUUGAUGAAUGUAAGAACAAUCCUUAUCCAUGCGCUGAAAAUGGGAUUUGUAAUAAUAGUCCGGGCAGCUUCAGCUGUUCUUGCAAACAUGGAUACUCCGGCGACGGCAAAAAAGAUGGCCGUGGUUGCACUGCUGAGAACUCCCAGUUCCCAGUAAUCAAGUUCUCAAUAGGUUUUAGCACGGUCUUCUUGUCGAUAAUCAUUGCUAUGACAUGUCUAUAUUUUAGCAUCCAAAGAAGGAAGCUUAGCCAAAUUGAGCAAUUCAUUAAUGAGGUUGUUAUCCUUACUCAGGUCAAGAAUUUACAACUUCUGGACAAGAUAGUCUGUAUGCUGAUAUGA